UCGUUUUCAGUCACUGACUGAUUCAUAGCAUACUUGAAGCUGUGUAGGGUUUCUUCCUCUCUGCUAAAAAUUCAGAACUGGAAAAUGGAGAGAGGUGAGUUUGAAUGUUCAAACCAAGAGAUGUUAUCAAGUUCAAAUUUCUGCGACAUUCCAGACUGCACCUCCAUCGACAUCUUUCUGAAUGAUAUUCUCAAGGAUAACACUGCUUGCACUCAUACCCACACUUGCAACCCGCCCGGCCCUGAUACGACCCAUACCCACACCUGUUACCAUGCCCACACCAAAAUUGUUCCGGCUGCAAGUACGGAUGACAGUUUCGAAUCCACUGACAAGAGCUCGAAACCGCCCACGGGGAAUCGGGAGGCUGUGCGUAAGUAUAGGGAGAAGAAGAAGGCUAGGGUUGCGUCUUUAGAGGAUGAGGUGAUCAGACUUAGGGCACUAAAUCAGCAGCUAUUGAGGAGAGUACAGAACCAGUCCAUGAUGGAGGCUGAGAUUUCUCGUCUUAAGUGUUUGCUUGUUGACAUUAGAGGGAGAAUUGAGGGUGAAAUUGGAUGCUUUCCUUACCAGAAGCCAUUGAAGAAGAGUGGAGAGAGUUAUCAGAACAUGGGUGUUGAUGAUAUCAACCUUUCCUCUGAAGGAUUGUAUGUCAUGAACACUUGUAAUGUGCAGUGUGGCGAUGGGGUCGAUGUUGGAGGAUUCAAUGACUGUAGCUUUGAGAAUCCUGAUUGUGGAUUGAUGAGCAGCUUGCCUAAUGGAAAUGGUUCUAGAGGAAGGAAGAGGAAAGGAGCACCGCGUGUUGAUAGUUGAAGAAGCAACAUACAACUCGGGAGAAGGCCAGAAGUGCUUGCUGCUUCUGAGAUUGAUUGGUCAGUGUGGAUGGAUGUUUUUAGUAUUUUAUGUGCUGCCAUUUCAGCAGAGCUCUUAUAAUAAAGAGUCCAGUUAAAGUUGGUUCUCUGAAACAUUUCAUAGUGAUUCCUUCUACAUGAUGGUGGGUGGAUGGCUAUGCAGUAUCUACUAUGUUGUACAUUAGGAUUUCUUUGUUCUCCUUUUCUCUUUUCAACCAAUUAACUUCUUCCUACCCCGGCUUGGUAAAAUGACUAACAUAUCCGGAGCAGAAGAGUUUCUCAGGUAGAGUCAAAUUUGGUUGCAAUGGCGGAACUUGAUUAUAUUGUGUUGUAAUUAUCUAAAACUGUACUAGUAUUCGACCUUAUUUUUGAGAAAAAACGAAUUAAAUGAAAUAAUGCAUAACAUACGAUGGUAGCAAUUCCAUUCAACAUCAUUUCAGUAAAAUUGUAACAUCUGCAUUACCUAUUACCAUGGGAGUGCAUGUCAGCA